GGUUCAUACUGCUCAGAGGAGGCGUUGGCGGCGGCGAUGGCGCUGAACGGGGCCGGUGGUCUGGGCUGCUCCAGUGCCUUGAUGUCUCAGGAUCAUGUGGAGCUGUCGUUCAGUGAUGUGAGCAACAACCUUGAAGCUUUCAGAGGCUUAAAGAAAGGAACAGUUUACUUGAUGCCUUAUCAACUCAUCUUUGUGGCAAAAGACAAUAGGGAAGCACUGAAAUCGUUCACGAUGCCGUUUUACUUGAUGAGGGGCUGUGAGAUCAAGCAGCCCAUGCUCGGAGCUAACUACAUCAAAGGCACAAUUCAUGCUGAGCCAUGUGGAGGAUGGGAAGGUUCUGCAACCUUCAAGCUUACCUUCACUAGUGGGGGAGCCAUUGAGUUUGGACAGCUGAUGUUUCGGACAGCACAGCAGGCUUCCAGGGGCACAGUUCCACCAGUCGUAAACUACUACAACCUAAUGCCAACUGGUGUAGGUGGAGUGGCACCGCCCAUGUACCCCCCAGCACCAUCUGCAGUCUUUGCUUACCCGCCUCCUCUUCCAGGUGGCAUUUACCCAGCACCACCACCACCCCUCACAGAAGGUACAAUGAACUACAUGCUCCCGCCCCCUUAUCCAGGACCAGUAAGUUCUCCGGCAGGAGAUGUAGGGCAACAGAUAUCUGCAGCAGCAGGAGGGGAUGGAGGUGUGAACAGGGGGCAGCCGAACCCUCCCACUACACCAGUGCCUAUGGAGCAGCCCCCCCCAUACUCGCAGCAUGCUGAGAGGCAGUGACAGCAGGUUAACAAGCCAGUAACUGCACAUCGUGCCCCUUCCACAGUGCUCUCAACCCAUACCAGUAGUUGUGUAACCCGGGACCUCAUUUCCCAGAUCACAAAGGAGUGACGAUUCAGCUCAUUGAAUCUGCUUGUACUCUGACCCAGAGUAACCUAGAUCUCCCUGUCUGCAUGGCCACAUGAAUUAUUCACUCUGUUCCAGAGUAAUCUAGCAUCUCCCUGUCUGCAAGCUUGUGAAUUAUUUACAGUUCUCAUCCAGCUAUCAUUAGAACGUUGUUGUUGAGUGUGCCUCCCCGGCCAGUGCAUUCCAAACCCCAGUAACUCACAGUGUAAGUAAGCUUUAAAUAUUAGUCCUUUUGGCGAUCAUCUUCAUUCUGUACCCUAAUUCUUGACCCCAUCAAUAAUAGCAGUUUUCUUUCUUUAAUAUUUCUGCACCCUUCAUAAUUUUAAAUGCUUCUUCAUUUCCCUCCACCACCACCUCUGAUCCAAGAAGAUAGGGAGACUAGUACAGUUUAUUUGACAUUAUCAUUACACUACUCCAUCUCUGAUGGACUUUGCAAAACAGCAGGCAAGGCCACCCCCUCCCCCAAAGAACCUGCUCACAUGUAUAUCUUGGGUCUGCUGGCAGCUAGUGAGUGAAGUAACUUCCAGACAAAUGGAACAGCACAUCAUGACUGGAGCCAGAACUACUGCAGAAUGCAGCAUGCUCAGGAGUGUGGAAACAAGCAAAGGACCAAGUCUGAAUUUAAUGUUCCUGUCACUGCCAGGCUUGAAAUCUCCAUGCUUUCUCUAUGCUGUGCAAAUCUCUGCACCGGGAGCUGCACUCAAAUAAAGAUAUAGCAAAUGAGCAACUUAAUAAUUAUGGGUUAAUAUUCUGAAAGCCUAAUUUCAGAUUUGCUUAGAGUCUUCAAGAAUCUUUUACCCUGUUCUUAUGGAUACCUCCAGGUUACCUAUUGCCCAUCCGACCCUCAAGCCCAUUCACCAUAGUGCAGGAAGAGCUUGCAUUCUGGUUUGGCCUUGCAAAAAUUAUCCCAAAGUGCUAUACAAUAGUAAGAAUGUAAUAAUAGAGGAAAGCCUGCAGCAUUUUUGAGCCUAAUGAGCUCUCGAAAAGGAAAGAGACGCAAGUUGUAAAGAUCAUAGUUAAUAGAUAAAUGAUGUUCGGUCACUGGAAGCCCCUCGCUCUUGUCAACAACACUAUGUGAUGCUUGACAGCCGUCUGUUAGUGCAGAUGGUAACUGGGUUCUGUGUACCUUAGGACAUGAGUACCGUGGGCUAGUUAAUGGGAUGCUUCAAGCUAGGUUGUACCUCAGGGGAGUGGGUUGGUCAGGGCAGCCCCAUUGUGGGGUAACACAGUUCCACAACAGCAAGUGUUGCUGAAAGUGUGUCUCUGGAUUCUGCAGCAGUACGAUGUGAGUGAUGAAUCUUCACAUGCCACCUUUUGUUAGUUGCAGCUACAGAAAUACAGAAAUGUUAUAAUUGGCCUUUCAGUCAAAAGAUCAGUGGGUUUCUUGGUCUAAUGUAUCAGAGCACAUGGUAAGUGAAAGGACGUUCUGCUAUAUAUGCCCUCGAGUAAUCUUUCCUAAUUAUUCGGUGUGCUGGCAGAGGAAAUUUUCCAGAAUGGGACCAAAUGAGCACCAGUUAUAUUAGAGGGACAAGAUAAAUUGGGAAUAUUCUUCAGGAUCAAGAGGUGAGAGAUAUUAUGAAGAUGAUUAGAUAGGGUCAUGCUGGAGGAACUCAGCAGGUGGGGCGGCAUCCGUGGAAACAAU